AGUCUUGAAGAAAAAAUGGUGAUUGAGACAGUUCUUCAGUGUGAUUUGGAAGCGGGUGCUGGGUCGUUACACAGAGAAGGUAGCAUGGAGCGAUUCGCAACCGAGUUUUCGAGCGAUGGGAGCAGCUUCAUGAUUGAAGAUCAUCUUCCCUUCGGAGAGGUUUUGGCAGUCGAAGACGAAACGAACUCGAGCGAGUUGAGCGAGUUUACUGAGAAUGGAUUACUCAAGCUGAGCUUAAACGAGUUUGUGCUCAACGAGUCACCUUGUGCAGGUAGAGAUUCGCAAGAAAAAUUAAAUUACGGACUCUCUGAGUGUGGCCUUCCAAAUACUACCGCCCUAGAAUGUUUUGAGCUUGGUCUCGGCGAGUGUACUCAAGAGCUUAGUGAGAACAAAGACUUGUUCAACAGUGACUUGUUCAACCCCGGUAAGAAUAAUGUCUCGUAUAUCCAAAGUGACCAGGCAGAAGAAGUGAGCAUGAGUAGGGGAGACUCAUUGAAUCUCACAGAAUGUCUGAACUCAGACAGGGGCUUUGAAAAACCAGACCAAACUGAAAUCAAGACUUCUCUUCCCAAAAUGAUGGAACUUGUCGAUUUCAUUUUGAAUAUGGAAGGCAUUAAAGAUUUCUACUCGGCAUCCAAAAUGACGGACGAAAUUAUGGAAGAAAUUGUAGAAAAUGCUAUAUCAGCAAGUGAGGCCUCGGGAUCAUCUUGCGCAAGCAGUCCAUCGACGGGAGAGGUUUUGCAUUGUCCAGAUACACCCUGUGGUCAAGAUUCAAAUUAUUCCAAAAAAAAUCGUUCCAUUAAAAGUGUGGUGUCCAAAGCGAAGGACCCUAGUACAAAAUCGAGCUUUCUUCCGCCCUGUAGGGUGUGUGGCGACAACGCCUCGGGUUUUCAUUAUGGAGCUAACACGUGCGAAGCAUGCAAGGGGUUCUUUAGAAGGAGCAUCGUUAAGAUUCAACAAAACAAGGAGUCCUACAAAUGCAUUGGUAAAGGUGAAGGCUGUGUUUUGGGUCCAGGAAAAAGAAACCCCUGCGCGGCCUGUCGAUACGCCAGGUGUUUGGAAGUGGGCAUGUCCAUUGGAGCAAUUAAGACCGGACGCUACACGUAUGAGAAGAGAACAAAAGACACGGUCGAGGUCCGAAAAAUGAAAGUAGCGGAGAAACCGCGCCAAAUGGAGACGUAUAUAAGCGACUCAGAGGUGGACCAAAUCAUCCAGUCUCUUAAGGAGGUGCUGCUGAAGAGUUGUCCCGAGGCCCAUACUAUCUUUGAUAGAGAAACAAACCUUAACAGGCAGUGGCAAAUAUAUAAUGAAUACAAGGCGAAGGUAGAAAUAUUUGGCACCAUGUCUGUGAUUCCAAAAGAAGUCUGGGAUGAAUUUUACAAGGAGACUGGAAUCGACUUGGACAACAGGCAAGAUCUGAUGAAAGAAAUGGCGUGCAGGAUGGAGCAUGGGCUGACUAUGAUGGUCGAUUUUGUCCGAACUAUUCCGGGUUUUGCCGAUUUGUCCGUCUCGGACCAAACGGAACUAAUAAAGGCCUCACAUUUCGAAUUUAUGUUCAUUGGUCACUGUCACUGCUUUAACCCUCAUCUGAAAGUUGUUACUGGUCUGAUCGACGCGCAGCUUCAAGAUGUGUAUAAGCUGUUCGGAAUAGAUGAAUCGAUCACAAGUCAGUUCAAUCAAAUGGCUUCCACCUUACAAAAGAUUAAACUUGAUUGGGAAGAAAGUUUUUUGAUGCGUAGCAUAGCCGUUACCUUUUCAGAUCGAUGCCAAUUAGAGGACCCCAAAGCAGUGGAACAGAUUCAGUGGCGACUCAUCAACGCACUAAGAGUGCUGGCCAAACGCAAAAACUACAGACCAGAACAAAGGUUGUGGCACAUACUGGACCGACUAACGGCUCUGAGGACUAUGACUGAAAUAAGCAAGGAAUUGGACAAACAAAAGUGUUCAUGGCCUGUCAUGAAAGAACAUCCACUCGUUCUAGAUAUUCUGCAGAGCUGAUGAAGUGCUUAUUGUUGUUUUUUUUUCAAAAGUUGGGUAUGAAAAAACGCAUAUACGCAGAUGUCAGUUUGAGCCAGUACAAGGCUAAUCAAUGAGCCUUAAAAGUUGUGCCGAUUCCGUGAAUGGAUUCCGCACAUGUGAUAUCGGUAUUUGCUCAAGGAGUGCAGCUACAUCCGGGUGUCUUUCGUCAUUGGUGUGACGCUAUGUUGCGUGUGAAUACUGGUCAGUGAGAAUAUUUGUUUUCAAAUUCAGUACGAAGGGUGCGUUUAGAGUGUUUAAUGCUAUCAUGAAGUUGAUAUGAUGUCAAGAAAGUUGUUACAAACGGGUCUUGAAAUCCAGAAGAACGUUUGUGGAGUUAAUAUACAUUUAAAGAUCACACCAUCAAAACCAAAAAUAAUUCCAGCUAUACCAUGCCGUGUUGUUAUCCGGAAAUAUUGUGUUACAUUAAUAUAUCUAUGCAUUUUCAUGGACAUGAUAUCUACCUGUUGUCUUGUCAUUUCUUGUAAAUAAGCGUAAAAGAAAAGCCAUUGUUUUCAUUAUUUAUACUUUGAUAUUUUGUUGAACUAUAAAUAUUAUUUUGGACAACUUUACAUUCCAGAUACAUGUACAUACAUGUAUAUAUAUAUAUAACACUGAGCUGAU